AUGCUAACCAGUACACCAGAACAUUCGCUACUUGAGUCUGUGCAUGCCCGGUUUGAGCAAAAUCACCAGGAAGCUUCAAGACGAAUUUCAGCCUUGAAAAGUCGUAGAUUAUUUGAAAUAGCCCAUAGAAAACAUUUGAUAAAGAAUGUAAUUGUUCCUACAAAUAACACAGUAUCGAGUAACUCUCAAACAGCUAUUGACAACGAAAACCUAAAUAAAAUACUCACCAAUGACUACCACAAUGCAAAAAGGAAAUUCAUGGAUUCUCCUUCAAAUAAUGCAAAGAGAUUAUGUGCUUCCACCUCUUUACGUCAUAAUAUGGAUGCCAGCCCAUUGUAUAUCUCAGAUUCUUUGGCUUGCCCCAGUUCUGGUUUUUCCCUUUCUGAAGAGAGUUGUUGCCCAGUUAUAGGUUGUGGAAUAAAAAUGUCUUCAGAAGAAAAUCUUGAAUUUCAUAUGUCGUCUCUUAUGCACACUCCUUGUAACCCCUUCCAGAACAUUCUUGAUUCAUCUUUGCCUGAUACUGUGAUUUUUUACCUCUGCCCCAAAUGUGGACAGCAGUUCAAGGAUAUAAAAAUCUGUUAUGAACAUCAGGAGAGAGAAUUACACAAUGAAUUCAUUAAACCUAUUGCAGUCUUUCCAACAGAAUCUUCUUGUAUUGAACAUAUGCAUGUAUUUCAACAUUUGUCAUAUCAUUAUGGCUUCUCAAAUGACAAGAAUGGAAUAAACUGCAAACCAAUUCCAUUACCAAAACAUCUUGCCUUAGAUUUCAAGAGCAAAUGUGAUAAAGUUAAUUCCUGGAUGACAUGUGUUGAUUGUAAUUUAAAACUUACUGAUGCUGAAGCCAUCCUUAAUCAUCAUGGACAAAACCAUCUUUUAUCUUGUGUUGCAGAUAAAAAACCAGCUGAUGUUUUUUCAGAGUAUCUUGGAGAAGUCACUUGUUCUCGAUGUCAACAGGUCUUCCAAACCCUGAGUCAUAAAAUGUUUGGCAAACUACAUUUUUGUACAAUAAUGCUGAGUGGCAUUUUCCGAGCCAAUGAUUGCCGGUCAUUUGAGGAAUUUGUCCGACGCAGCAGUAUUGCUAUCCAAGUUGAAAUCAUGCCUCCCCCAAGCCCUUCCACUAUCAUCAACUCGGAGAGAAACCAGAAGAGGAUAUUGCAGUCAAAACUAUUGUUCCAAAGUUCACAGCCAAAGAAAAUCUGUCUGUCUUCUGAGACAAGUUUCUUUAGAAAGCUGCCAUUUUGUUUACCUGAUUUAACUUUUGUCUGGGCUUUUUAUGGAGCAAGUACUCAUUGGAUUGAACCCAACAAAUGCAUUACAUAUGAUGAGCUUAAACAGAAGGGCUACUUCUACUUAAAUAAAAAAAGUGGAAGAACCAAGGAUGCAGCUGAUUUUGCUCUGGUGCUUCAUGUUGGAAAGAUGGAUGAGCGCCUUCCUCAGCAUAUUUCAUUUACUAUCUUGUCAGGAGACAAGGUAGGACAGGCGUUGUGUUUACACCGGUUAUUAGCAAAGACAAUUUCCCACCUCCUAACGUGUAUGAAUUUCUUUGCAUUUUUUUCAUGGUUUAAUACGGUUUUCUUACUGCAUACAGAUUGA